UUCUUGUCGAGUGAAAGAGGGAUGUUCAAAGAAGGGCGCCAUCUUUACUGUUGUCAUUAGCACUUCAAUUCAAUACAAAAAUGAGUUCCAAAGAGAGUUGCAGAACCGAGCUCCGCACUGCCAUUCGCCAACUCAGCGACCGUUGCCUUUACUCUGCUUCCAAAUGGGCAGCAGAACAGCUCAUCGGAAUCGAGCAAGACCAAGCAAAGUUCACACCUUCAAACACAAGAUUUCAGCGAGGAAGCUCAAGUAUACGCAGAAGGUUCUGCACCAAUGAGAUCACUUCGACUCCUCCGACUGAUGUUGCCUAUGUGUCCACUCCAGUGAUGGAGGAAGAUGAUGCAAUACAUGGUGACUUCUACCUUCUAGCAAAGUCGUACUUUGAUUGCCGAGAAUACAGGAGAGCUGCUCAUGUGCUUCGCAAUCAAACUGGAAAGAAGUCUGUGUUCUUAAGGUGUUAUGCUCUUUAUCUGGCCGGAGAAAAGCGGAAAGAAGAAGAAAUGAUAGAACUUGAUGGUCCAUUAGGUAAGAGUGAUGCUAUUAAUCGCGAAUUGGUUUCUCUAGAGAGGGAGCUAUCAACUCUUUGCAAGAAUAACAUGAUAGAUCCUUUUGGGUUGUAUUUGUAUGGUCUUGUACUUAAAGAAAAAGGCAACGAAAAUCUUGCUUGCAAAAUUCUUGUGGAAUCUGUAAACAGUUACCCUUGGAAUUGGAGUGCCUGGUCAGAGUUGCAAUCCUUAUGCACUACACUCGACAUCUUAAACGGCCUCAAUCUCAGUAAUCACUGGAUGAAGGAGUUUUUUCUUGCUAGUGUUUACCAAGAGCUCAGGAUGCAUAAUGAGUCGUUAUCAAAAUAUGAAAAUUUACAGGGUACGUUUACAUUUAGUAAUUACAUACAGGCUCAAAUUGCAAAAGCCCAGUAUAGUAUAAGGGAAUUUGAUCAAGUUGAAGUGAUAUUUGAAGACCUCUUAAGGAAUGACCCAUAUCGAGUAGAGGACAUGGAUACAUAUUCUAAUGUGCUCUACACAAAGGAGUAUUUCUCUGCCUUGAGCUACCUUGCACACAGGGUCAUUAUGACCGAUAAAUAUCGUCCUGAGUCUUGCUGCAUUAUUGGAAAUUACUACAGUUUAAAAGGGCAGCACGAGAAGUCAGUCAUGUAUUUUAGGAGGGCGCUCAAAUUGAACAAAAAAUAUUUAUCUGCUUGGACUCUAAUGGGCCAUGAGUAUGUCGAGAUGAAAAACACUCCUGCUGCAGUUGAUGCCUAUAGACGAGCUGUGGACAUAAAUCCUCGGGAUUAUCGAGCCUGGUAUGGGUUGGGACAAGCAUAUGAGAUGAUGGGCAUGCCACAUUACGCUUUACAUUAUUUCCAGAAAUCUGUUUUCUUUCAGCCAAUUGAUUCUCGGUUAUGGAUUGCCAUGGCUCAAUGCUAUGAAUCUGAACAGCUGCACAUGCUUGAGGAGGCCAUCAAAUGUUACAAAAGGGCUGCUAACUGUAAUGACACAGAAGCAAUUGCCCUGCAUCGAUUAGCAGAGUUACAUAGAAAACUUGGUCACCCUGAGGAGGCAGCAUUCUAUUACAAGAAGGAUUUAGAAAGAAUGGAGGCUGAAGAGAGAGAAGGACCGAACACAGUUGAAGCACUGACGUUUCUUGCCACACACUACAAAACACAGAAGAGAUUUGAAGAAGCGGAAGUGUAUUGUACCCGACUUCUGGAUUAUACUGGCCCGGAGAGAGAAACAGCAAAGAGUUUACUUCGAGGAAUGAGAAUAGCACAAUCCGGUUUUCCUUCCAUGGAUGUCGAGCAUUUUCAUCCAUGAUUUUUCUCAUUCAUACCUCCCUCUCCCUUUGGAUUUGGGAAACCAGAGUCCAAUGAAACCUUGGUGAUUUUUCAAUUCUUGUUGGUUCAUUCUUGGUCUGUAUCAGUCGAAAGGGCCUGAUUACAUGUUUGUAUUACUCGGAAAAGAAUCAGCUUAUACUUUUUUAUUUGUGUUGUGACAUAACAACUUGAAACGUCAAACAUGUAGUUCCUAGUUAGAAGCCUGUAUAACUUAGUAGAUUACAAAUGUAAUCAGGCCUAUUGAAGUUCACCUCAUCGGAUUUUUUGAACUAGGAGUCAGUUUCAUGCAAAGGCAACCUGGGAGCUUGAACAUGCUGCAUCUAAUUUGCAUUCGCUCUGAUCUUUGCAUUUUAAGAUGAUAUUUUGAGAACAUAUUGGUAGGAUUUUCUUUUUCUCAGGAAUGAUGCAUUUGUUGUCAAAAUUCUGUUAU